AUGGCAGGAAGGAGACAGGAACUUCCUGCUCCUAAGCUCAGUGACUCAUCCCUGGGCAUCCCCCUCGACCAGGUAGAGGCCAGGAGGGAUGUCUUGUACCCAGCUAAUGGGAGGAGGAGGCCAAGCAGGAAGACCAACCCUGCAUGGGCGCAGGUUGCCAUCACAGUAAAUGCCCAGGGUGUCCAGUGUACGACCAGGAAGUGGGCAAGGCCCGAGUCAGAAGAAGACCUGUCCAGUUUCAGUGCAAGCCCAGGCCUGGAGAGGAUCGAGGCGAUAACUCAAGAGACACGGCAAAACCAGUUAAAGGCCGAGUCAGAUCAAAGACGGCACCCAGUCACAGGAUUCAUUCUAGCUGGAUUUCCAGAACAUCAAGAUUUAGAGUCACGCCUUUGGUCCCUGUUUCUGAUUGCAUAUAUAUUAGUAGUUCUUGGGAACGUUUCUGUUGUGUACAUGGUUGCGACAGACAAACACUUGCAUGCACCCAUGUACUUUCUUGUCGCCAACCUGGCAGCAAUGGAUGUGGUGUUGACAAGUUCAGUCAUUCCUGAAAUGUUGGUGAGGCUUAUAUUGGACAUGACAAUUAUCCUGUGGAACAACUGCUUUAUUCAAAUGUAUUUCUUCCACAGUAUGUCAGCAGCAAAGAUGUUGCUACUCACUGUGAUGGCUUAUGACCGUUCAGUUGCAAUAUGCAGCCCCCGACAUUAUUUGUCCCUCACAAGAAAUAGUUUCAAACUGACUGGUCUUACCUGGGUACUAGGCAUGGCUUGUUUCUUGCCUCCAGUAAUUUUAACUUCUGUCUUUCCCUUUUGCUGCUCAAAUGAAGUUUACAAUUCCUUUUGUGAGAUAAUGUCGGUCACGAGUCUGAUUUGCACAGAUGCAAUCUCUGUCAAAUUUUUCAAUGUAGUUUUAAAUGCAUUAAUAGCCUUUUCAAGUUUUGUCACUCUUCUCUGGUUUUACAUCAAAAUAUAUAAAUCAUCAAAAAUUCUCUCCCCAGAACAGAGAAGGCUUUUAUACACCUGUGUAGGUCAUGGGCUGGUUCUUAGUUUCUUUUUCCCCUCCCCGGCCCUUUAUUUUGCAUUAUUCUAUGUUGGGUACAACCCCCCCAUAAUUCGUGUUGUUUCCGCUAUUGUGUAUGUGACCUUAAGCCCAUCAUUGGGUCCAAUUACUUACAUUCUAGCUACAAAGGAAAUAAGAGAAAAGAUUCUUAAACUCAUCAGAGUAAGAAACAUUUUUCCUCAUGUUGGAAGCACUAUUGCUAUUGACAACCCUUGA